UGAAAGAGCGCUCACAAACAUGGACUUAAAAGCAACUGACCAGCAGGAUUUCACUCUGUAGGAAAUGACUGAAUAAGAGCCUUAGAGUCAUUACUCAAGAAGAUACUUGUGUGACAUCAUAGGAAUAUAAGGUGGGAAAAGCAGAACAAAAAGGGGGCUUCAUAUCUCAACAGGAUGACAUCCAGGUACAACUGCUCCUUCGCUGACAGCUGGGACUGCCCACAAGAGGGGAUGUGUGGCAACCUGACCUCUGACCUGAACGGCAGCGCAGGACCGGUAGAUGCAUGCCUGACACAGGAGGAGUACCUAGAGAAGUACCUGGGCCCUCUGCGCUCCUCUGUCUUCCUCCCCGUCUGCCUCACCUACCUGCUCAUCUUCCUGGUGGGAGCGUUUGGUAACUUGCUAACCUGCAUCGUCAUCGCUCGCAACAAGGUUAUGCGCACGCCCACCAACUACUACCUGUUCAGCCUCGCCGUGUCUGACCUGCUGGUGCUGCUGCUGGGUAUGCCACUGGAGCUCUACGAGAUGUGGCAGAACUACCCAUUCCUCCUGGGCAAGGGCGGCUGCUACUUUAAGACUUUCCUGUUCGAGACGGUCUGCUUCGCCUCCAUCCUCAAUGUGACGGCGCUCAGCGUGGAACGCUACAUCGCUGUAGUGCACCCCCUGCGCGCCAAGUACGUGGUGACGCACACACAUGCCAAACGGGUCAUUAUGACCGUGUGGGGGAUCUCAGUGCUAUGUGCCGUGCCCAACACCAGCCUGCACGGCAUCUUUACCCUGCAGUCGGCAGCAGGGGGCACCACCAGGAAGGAAAUCCCAGAGUCAGCCAUCUGUACGCUGGUCAAGCCCCGCUGGAUGUACAACUUGACCAUCCAAGUGACCACCCUGCUUUUCUUCAUGCUUCCCAUGCUGACCAUCAGCGCUCUCUACCUACUCAUCGGCCUGCAGCUCAAACGUGAGAAGAUGCUCCAGGUGUUGGAGGCUGAGACAAGCCUAGGGCGCAACAGCUACUGCAACGUCCGCAGUCAGCAGCAGAAAGCCCGGCGACGCCAGGUCACCAAGAUGCUGUUUGUUCUGGUGGUGGUUUUUGGAAUCUGCUGGGCUCCGUUCCACACCGACAGACUCAUGUGGAGCUUCAUCGACGAGUGGACCAGCAUCCAGCUGGAGGUGUACAAGUACGUCCACGUGGUCUCUGGCGUCUUCUUCUACCUCAGCUCGGCCGUCAACCCGAUCCUCUACAACCUCAUGUCCACCCGCUUCCGAGAGAUGUUCAAGGAAGUGAUGUGUCAUCGGCCACGGCACCCCGUGCCCAGGAAGCAGUCACUCAGUGUUACCCGGGUAACACUCCGCAGCAUUCUCAGUGAGGCCACGCCCAUUAAUGGCAUUGCCGGCCUACAUGAAGACAAGGAGCAUGAGACCACCUUUCCUUGAAAGGACUUCCUAGGAGAGGAGGGAGCUUAAUACACAAAACUGAUCAGAUGGACGAUGAUUCUGGGAUGAUCAAGAUGUAUUGUUAUAAGGGAUUUUAAGGAUCUAAGGAUGUGCUUAUCCAAUCUAUGUUAUUGCACGCUUUGGUCACCAAACCACAGUAGAAUUCUCCUGUCACUAAACUCCCUAAACACAAGAAGAAGAAAAAAUAAUUAAAACCUGAUGCUUUGACAUAUUAUUUGAGCAAUUCUAUGAAAAAAAUAUCUCAGGAGAUACAGACAAAUCGAUAUUUCUCAUCUAGAAGACAUUGGUAGAUUCUGCAUCACUGCUUUUGCACUCCUGUUUAGCAGUUCAUGUUCAACAGCACACAAACUUUUGAACAUCCAGUCUCAAGAGAUGGCUAAAAAGCUGAUUUUCCUUACAGCUCAGAUUGAAAACCAGGCCGAGAUGCCCUGUCAAAYGCUCCUUCAAAGAUGAUGUCCGACGUGGUUGUUUGACGAAUGUAUAUAGUUCUCAAAUCACUGAGUGGUUUACAAUGGUGCAAAGGAUUCGCAGUACGUACUGAAUAGAACUUGAGAUGGCAGCUUCAAAUCAAAUUUCAUUUGUCACAUGCGUCUACUGGAGUACAGGUUAAAAAACAACAACAAUUGCUUCAAAAUAGAUGUAGCUGCACCGUCAACUGCAUAUUUUCAGAAAUGUAUGUCAUUGCACGAGCCGUUGGAUAUUUCCAGUGAACUUGGCGCCUCCCUUCAAGAGAGUUUGUCACAUUAUUAACAGAGGUAUCCUGCUGCAGAUUGGCAUUUUGAAAAAGUAGCUUUUAAAUUCCCAGACACUGUAUGUCUCCAUCAACAAUCUGGUGAAUGAUCUCUGAUGAUCUGUUUCACUAAUGUGAAACGUACAAUCAUGACCGCGACUAUGUACAAAAAUAAUGUAUAGAUUCACAGUAGAUAAACACAUAUUUAACAAUUCUAUGUAUUCAUUAAAAAAAGGUAAAAACACCAGGAAUAUUUUAAUCUGAAUCUCUAAUCAAGGACUGAUUUAGACCUGGGACACCAGCUGGGUGCAAUUAAUUAUUAGUAAGUAAGAGUAUAUAGUCUUGCACGAACCUUGGGUUGUGAGAGUCAGAACGGUUCAUAAUUAUCAGGUAGAACAGAAAACCAGCGGUACUACACACCUGGCUCGGAUCUAAAUACCACUGGUCUAGACAGAUGAAAAAGAUACACUGUCUGGAACCGCCAAAAUGAUGGACAAUCAUUAGGAGGUAAGAGCACUGACAUAAUGUGAAUGGGGAAAGUUAAUCUUUACAGCCGAGGGUAUUUGGCUUCAUGAAAUAAAGGACCUCGUGCUAAUUCCAAAAUCAAACUGAAUUGUUUUAACUUUUUGUACCAUCAUAAUUAUUUUAUUUUAUUAUUUUGGCCUUUACAUUUACAUUUUUGGACAUUAAAGUAGACACUUAUUCAGAGUGACUUAGUCAGUGCAUUGACUUAUGACUUUGAUUUGCCUWUAUCUGAAACUAUUAAUUCCAAGUCAUUACUCUUAAAGGUAUUUUGUUAAGGAAGUCCUUUAUCUACUUUCCCAGAAUCAGACGAACUCAUGGAUKCAAUGUURAUGUCUCUGCAUCCAGUAMGAAGGAAGUUAGAGACAGCUUUGCGAGCCAAUGAUAACUAGCGUUAGCACAAUGACAGGAAGUCUAUGGUACAGCAAGCUAGCAGUUACCAUAGACUUCCAGUCAUUGCUCCAARGCUAGUUAGCAGUUGUGCUAAUGCUAGUUAGCAAUUUCCUUCAAACUGCAUGCAGAGAUAUAUUAAAAAAAAGGUAUCUACAAGUUCAAGACUCUGGAGAAAUAGAUAAAGGGCUUCAUUGCCAAAAUCCUGAAGUAUCCCUURAAGAGUUUAAGCUUCAGAUGAAUAUUAAUCUUCUUUCCAGUCAAGUCAGUGUGUUGUUGUGAUUCUGGACGGCCAGAUGACAAGAAAGUGGGGACUCGUAGGUKGGUCGUUUCAGCUAGUUUUAUCUUGUUCUUGAUACCAUGMCUUGUUUUGAGUUGUUUUGACUGAUGUCACUUCUAUGCUAACGUUGCAAAAAAAAUWGCUAGCUAGCUUACRAACAACUGUAACAGUGUAUUUCAGAGACAACAAGUGCUCAUUGUGCAACUUAAAUAUUGGAGACAAAAUAUAGUUUACACGUUGUCAACAAUCUAAGCCAACCCUGUCUGUUUUYCACCAUAGUUGCACACGUGUUGUUUUUGUUACUAAACAAUCAAUCUUUCUAUUAAGGAGUAGACUACUCCACUAAAGGCAUGUAUUUAUUUACCUUUAUUUAACUAGGCAAGUUAGUUAAGAACAAAAUCUUAUUUACAA